CACUUGCUUAGUCCUGGUCGGCAGUUGGUGUGGCAGCUCGGCGGUAGCAGUAGAACCGUGGGCUCGGUUCUGUCGCCGUGCAGAGGGCCAGAGAUGGCGGAGUACAGUCAGACGGGUAUAUUAACGGCUCUGUUGCUGUUUACGGUGUUAACCGUGAAGGAUAUUUAUGUGGGCCGGAGCAGCAUGACUCAACAGGAGAGCAGCAGCGGGCCUGACAGCUUUCAGGAGCCCGGCAUGCACACACAGAGGCAGAACAAACACAACUUCUACACGGGUCCGCUUCUCAAGUUCCAGUUCUGCAUAUCCUGAGGGUACAGUAAGGUGUUCCAGGAGUACUCCCGGUCCAUAAGCCAGCUGUACCCGGACAUCAGAAUCGAGGGAGAUAAUUACCCUCCCAAACUUAUCAACAAAUACACUGCAAAUUUCAUUUCCUACUUUAAACUGCUUGCCAUCGCCUUGAUUGUGGCUGGACAAAAUCCGUUCCAAAUGUUCGGGAUGAACACUCCAAGAAUAUGGUCCUGGGGACAGGAGAAUAAGAUAUUUUCCUGUCUCAUGGCAUUCUUCCUUAGCAACAUGGUGGAGACCCAUUUGCUCUCUACUGGAGCAUUCGAGAUUUCAUUGAAUGAUGUGCCCAUUUGGUCCAAGUUGCAAUCAGGAUAUGUGCCCAACAUUCAGGAGCUUUUCCAGAUCUUGGAUAAUCACCUGAAGAUGAAUCAGGUUGACAAGAUGAACUUUCCCUCACCAUAGUGCUGUUGUUUUUGCCAAGAGACAAGUCUCUGGAGCCGUUUCUCUGGUCAGUGGGACUGUGGACUGUGGCAUAAUGAAGGCCUGCACUGCAAACAGCUUGCUGUUAGUGCAAGCUCGAUGCUCCGCCACCACACACACUUUCUCUGCCCAGCGACACACCUUUGGAUGGACUAGAUCUCUUCAGAGCAUCAAACUACAUGCAUUUAUCGUAGGAGGAUCUUGUGUGAGUUGGAGGCCCUAAAGCUAUUAUUAAAUGCAGAAGUUGGUGACACAUGCAAGUGGUUAUUGACCACAACUUUGUUCAAGGUUGUUUUCUUUUUGUAACUAGUGCUUUCAUCUUUAAUUGUAUGGGAUGUUCCAUAUUUCUCAAGGGCAACUGUGAUUUUAUUUUUUCUUUACGUAUAUGUCUUAAAAAUGAUGUUUAAACAUAAUUAUUUGUUUGCACUGGUGUAGAACUGUACUGUAUUAGGGUGUCUGACAUUUUUAAUUAGUGGGAAUAUCUGUACUGCUGAAAUAUGCAGUGUUGUUAGAGUGAGCUAGCCUUUUUUUUUUGUUUGUUUUUUAAGGAAUACUCUCAUUAAAAAGAUAUAUUCUGUUGUUACUUACUCAUGUUUUUCCAAACCCAACUUUCUUCUGUGAAAUACAAAAGGAGAAGGUUUGAACAAAUUCCAUGCUGCUGUUUCCUUAACAAUGACAAUGAAUUGUGAGCUCUGUCAUACUAUAUUUCAAGUUGUCUGAUGUCAUAUGAUAGCUUUUUGUAAGAAACUGACCAAUUUUGGUCUUUAUUCAAUUGGUUGAAACACUUAAUGGCAUCUGGCGUCAUUGACAUCAAACCUGGUGCAGUGCGUCUUAAUAUGUACAGUACUGUGCAAAAGUUUUAGGCACUUGUGAAAAAUGUUGCAUAGUGAGGAUGUUUUAAAAAAUAAUGCCAUAAAUUAUCACAAUGUCAUACAAAGUCCAGUAAACAUAAAAAAAGCUAAAUCAAUAUUUGGUGUGGCCACCUUUGCCUUUAAUACACCUCCUACUGUAUGUACACCUGGCAGAGUGCCCUGUUUUUCUAAUCUUUUCUGUUUGCAAAAGUAAUGUUUGGGAGUCUAAAAUGUAUAUUUCCUAUUGACACACUAAAGCUGAAGAUAUAAAUAACCAUCUUAAGACAAAUGUUUUAGUGAAACAUCUUAAUUGCUUAACAUUUGCACAGUGCUGUAGGGCAAGUUUCAGCCAAUUCCGACUUCCAAUUUGGUUUGUCACGACAUGAGAGGGAGUAAAUAACAGAAUUUUCAUUUUGGUGAAACUAUUCCUUUUAUUUGGUUGAAAUUGUAAAUUCACGUCCACUCGCAAUAGGUUUGUUGCUUUGAUUCAAAAGGACAGUAUGCUAAAGUGAUGUUGUUGGGAAUUUAACUGUUCAACUGUAUGUUAGCACUGCCAGAGAAAUCUGUCGAUUCAGCGUAACUAUUUAGAGCGAGUGUCUGGAUUGCUGCAGUCAUCUUAACGAUUGUGUGAUUGAGACUGUUGCCAAAAGAUGUGAAAGGUAAUUCCAGCUCCAUAAAGAUGUGAUGGUAAGAAAUGCAGACCUUAUAUUUUAGUGUUCUUCCCUGUGAGUUUGAAACAGAAAUUGUGCUUAUUUGGGAUUAGUUUGAGAGAUAAAAAUGUACCCUAUUUCACAGUGAUAUAAAAUAAAGAUGUAAA